UCAGGCGGCAGAGGGCAGAAGACCAAGAGAUCCGCGCUGACACAGAGAAGGCCUCCACGGAAGCCUCAAAGGCUGCUCACCCGAGAUCCAGGAGAGGAGUGGGCCGGUGGGACCCAGAAGGGGCGGGUGCAGCAGUGUUCUGCCCUGUCGAGGCGCACGGAGCCCGCAGAAGCCAUGGCCACGAAGGCUGAACGGACGGCGCAGACGGCCAGGGGAGUCAGGGGCCCAGCACAGUCAGGCCCAGAUGCCAGGUCUCGGAGGUGCAAAGGCCUUCCCAACUUCUUCCCCUGGAGCAGCUGGACAGAUGAGAGCCUGCAGCCCCUGACAUGCCGGCAGCUGGCAGCCUUCCAGGACGUCUUCAGACUGUUCAGCUCCAGCCUGACCAGCACGGUGGACAUGCGCAGCAUCAAAGUGGCCCUGCACAACGCGGGCAUCCAGCUGAGUCCACAGGAGAUGUGUGAGGCCCUGCGGCAGGCAGAUCUGGACGGUGACGGAAUCGUCAGCUUCAAAGACUUCCUGGGCGUCCUCACUGACGACCACCGCUUGGCUCAGUGCAUGGGUCAGGUGAGAAGCAGCCGGGUCCACGACCCCCAGGGCCUGCAGACCCUGUUCUUAGAGAUGCUGUUCAAGCUGCUGACCCAGGGCUUGGUGCCCCCCAAGACCGGGCAGGAGGUGAUGAGCUACUACUUCAAGAAGCAGCGGACUCUUCGAGGCAGCCCCGGCUGGAAGGGCGGGUCUCGCGGCCAGGGCCGCCCGGCGCGCUCCCGCGAGGGCCCCAACUUCUUCUGCCAGGCCGCACGCCUCACCGGCCUCUCCAGCGCGGAGCUGGCGCGCUCGCUGCACCGGCUGCACCAGGCGGGUGCGCGCAGCCCUUAUUCUCAGAUACCAAAGCUGGCGGGGCGCACGCGGCCCGAACGCCGGACGCCGGGCGGAACCCCUCGCCCCGACGUCCGACUGCCCAAGCGCAGCCAACUCAGCCGCCCCAAGCUCGGGAGUGACCUGGGGCCGCUCUGCCAAGGUGAGAGCCGCGCACCCGCAGGGCCCCGGGGCCAGCUGCCAGAGCACAGGCAGCCCUGGAAGCUGGCUCCCUCUCCGCCGACUCUGGCGCAGAAGCAGCCCCUGUCCCCUUCGCCAACCUGUGUGCGGCGACCCGCGGUGAACAGCUGGCAUAAGUAA